GGUGAGGUGGAGGAGGGGGUGCGAGAGGGCCGGGACCCCCGGGCCAGCUGAACCUGGGACCGGGCCGCACCCGCCUUUCCCCCGGCUGCCCGGCGCUGCACCUCGGGGCGUGGGAGGGCUCUUGUCUCCCAUCGGCCUGGGGUGGUAACAGGCCCUUCCUCGCAGCUGCUCGGCCCCAACCCCGCAUCAUGAAUCGCAGCCGCACCAGCAGCACCUCGGAAAAGGCCACGGUAGCCUUGCUCUGGGGCUGUGAGCUAAACCAGGAGAAGCCGACCUGCACCUUCAGACCCCAAAAGGAGGGGAAGCAGGACUGUAAGCUCUUGCUUAGCACGAUUUGCCUGGGGGAGAAAGCCAGAGAGGAGAUGAACCUCGUGGAGAUCCUGCCCCCUGCAGGCCAGGACAACAGGAAGAGAAAGGCCAUCACGCUGGCCUCGCUUAGGGCCUCCGUCCUCCCCAUGGUUGUCCUGGUGGGAUUGGAGCUUUCUCCUCCUGUCACGUUCCAGCUCCGGGCUGGCUCUGGACCUGUGUUCCUUAGUGGCCAGGAAUGUUAUGACCCUUCAGACCUCUCCUGGGAGGAGGACGAAGAGGAGGAGGAAGGCCCGGAGGAAGAAGAGGAGGAGGAAGAUGACGACGACGACGACGACGAUGAUAUAGAUGUGUCCCUGGAGAAGGAGACCCCUGUCAAACAGGUCAAGAGGCUGGCGCCCCAGAAGCAGACAAGUGUAGCUAAGGUGAGGGAGGAGCACCACCCCCCACCCUGGGCCAGGCCUCCCGAGUUGAGUGCCCUGAGACCAGGGCCAGACCUGCCGGGUGCCCAGCGGGAGCCCGCUCUGGCCCCGAGCCUCACCCACACGCCCCAUAAUGCUUGUGUUUGGUUUCUAGAAGAAAAAGGUGGAAAAAGAAGAGGCAGUGAGGUAACUGUUAACUUAGCCAAAACCUUUAAGCUGGUGGAGGUACUUAGCACUUGAAAGAGAGUGAUGCACUGGUGUGCGUGUGCAGGCGUGGUGCCCAGGUGCCCAGGUAUGCUGCCACUGUCGGUGGCACAGCCUUUUUGAACCUUUUUUUCUUUUGGCUGCUGCAUGCAGCAGCUUAAUGGGGGAAUCUCCGUUCCCAGACCAGGGAUUGAACCUGGGCCACGGCAGUGAAAGCACUGAGUCCUAACCACUAGCCCACCAGGGAACUCCCCUGGCACAGCCCUUUUCAAAAGUGUUUAACAGUUCUUAUCGUCUGACUUCAUUCCACUUAUGGUAGUUCCUUCCAAAGAAUCCCAUGCAAAAUAUGGGGGAACUUACAUACACUAAGAAAUGUAUCACUGCAUUAUUCAAGUAAUAGUCUAAAAUGGAAGCAUUAAUGUCCAUUGAUAGUUGCUUAAACUAUGUCACAUCUUCUCAAUGGAAUGUGACAUAAUGCCCACGAAGUAUUAUAUAGCCACCUGGGAAGUAUUUCCAGAAUUUGAAGAGCAGGAUAUUAUUUUUUUUUCAUUUUAUUUCAUGUAUUUUUAGAACAAACGAAAUGUUGAUAUUGGUAGGAGGCUAAGAAAAUUAGAGGCAAUUUAUUCCCUGUUUGCUAUAUUUUGUGCAAUGUGGUUAACAUUACUUUUAUAAUGAGAAAGGCAUUUUGUGGCUUAUAUACAAAUAAAGGAAAGCAGAUGGAAGCUUAAGAAGAAAAAACAUUUUGUUUGAAGAGAGAGGGAGGGUGGUCCUUGGCAGGUGACAGGUGGAGAAGCAAAACUCUCCAGGUCACAGUCCCCUGCUUCCUGAAAACUGGAAGUGUGUGUGUGUGUGUGUGUGUGUGUGUGUUUGUGUGUAGGGGGCGGGGGUGCUAGGAGGGCCCGGGGCACUGGCCGCAGGCUGAACUCGCUCUCUUCCACCCACAUCCCCACUGCUUGCCAACCUCCCCCCACCCCGUCUCCCAAUUCUAGACACAGUCUUAGAGACAAGAGCCCUGUGGAAAAGGUAAGUACUGAUAGAAGGGGCCGGUUCCUCCAGGGGGAGGGGGCAGUCCCUGGGAAGGUGCUAGGAUGGGGAGGGGUGGGACACACUGGAGCCCUCCCCCACUUCUCUCAUAGGCCAGAAUCACACUCAAACCGAAAAAGCUGGGAUCCAAGAAAUGAGGAGCCAAGAGUGGCCUGGCCACAGUGGCCGAGGGCGGGCCCGUGAGACCACCAUGCUGAGUCCGAAUGUGAUGGAUGUGUUGGGAGGCAAUACAAGAGACCCUAACCCCAACUCUCGGUUUCAUCAGGACCUGAAGGGAAGAGCCCCAACCUCAA